AUGGUCAUUCCACCAACUAACAAUGUAGAACAACCUCCCUUUUUGACAGGGGAAGGCACAGUCACAACGAAUGUGUUAGAAGCACUACCCUUCACAGCAAGUAUGACGACAAUUCCGUCGAAUGCGCAAAGUGGACCAAUUCUAUCCCCAGCUCGAACACAAGGUCACCCGUUGACCCUAAGACAAGUGAGGAUUAGAAACUUCAGACCACCUUACAUGCCUAGAUUCACAAUGCCACAAAAUCGUCGCGAUCAAUCGUAUGGCAUGCCAACUUUUAUGAUGAAAAAUUUGCAUAAUACAGUAUCAACAUUUGUUGAACCUGUGGCAACAAUGUUUUUGCCUGAACAAGGGUCGGGAUCGGCCACAAACAAUCUGGGUAGAAAUGUCCAAGGAACGCAACAUAACUCAAAAGUAUACCAACAAGAUUUGGAGUGGAAGGCGUUGAAGAUAGGUGGCAAGCCGGGUUUUAUUCUUAAAGAGAAGCUUCGUAUCUUAAAAUCUAGAUUGAUAUCUUGGAAUAAAGAGGUGUUUGGUAUGCUUGACUUGAAUGUGGACAAAGCGGUGAGUUCUCUUAAUGACCUUGACUCGUUUGUGGCUAAUGUGGGAAGUGGGGAUGUUUGGUGCGAUUCGGUGUCCUCUAGUAGAAGGAUGGCUUCGAAGGAAGGAAGAUUUAGGAGAAACAAUAUUGUGAGCUUAAAUUCGGAUGAGGGUUUGUUAACGGAGGUGGAGACUAUUAAGAAGGAGAUUUUUGACCAUUUCAAGAAUCGGUUUUUCGAGCCUCGUUUCUCUCGUUCUGUUUUAGAUGGGGUAGGGUUUAAAGGAUUGUCGGAGGAGGAAAGUAUGCUUCUUGAGGUUUUGUUUUCUUUGGAGGAAAUAAAGAAUAUUGUUUGGCUUAGUGAUUGUGAUAAAAGUCCGGGUCCGGAUGGGUUCCCUUUGGGUUUUUUUAAGAAGACUUGGAGCUUUGUCAAAAAUGAGUUAUUAAGCUUUGUUCAGGAGUUUUACAUUCGAGGUUCUCUCCCUAGAGCGACUACGGCUUCGUUUUUGGCUUUUAUUCCUAAAGUGGUGUGUCCGCAAAGGAUUGAUGAGUUUAGGCCAAUUUGUUUAAUUGGUUACUUGUAUCGGUUGAUCUCUAAGUUAUUGGCAGCUAGAUUGAAGGUGGUUAUGGGCAAGUUGAUUUCUAAAUCCCAAUCGGCUUUUAUUGAGGGUAGACAGCUGUUUGAUGGGGUUCUGGUUCUAAAUGAGCGAAUGGGGUUUGGUUCUAAGUGGUUACUUUGGAUGGCAGGAACAGUUUUUUCUAGUUCGAUAUCCAUCUUGGUGAACGGUUCGCCGACGGUUGAGUUUCAGGCUUCGAGAGGGUUACGUCAAGGGGAUCCUCUUUCUCCGUUUCUUUUUUUGUUGGUUGCAGAAGGUCUAGCAGGUAUGAUGCGUAAUGCGGUGUCUGAUGGUUUAUUUAAGGGCUUUCAAGUGUCAUCUGAUAUUUCCUUUGACAUGCUCCAAUUUGUGGAUGAUACGGUUCUCAUUGUGGCGUCGUCGUUCCUGGGGUGUCAAAUCGGGAAGCUUCCCUUUGUUUUCUUAGGUAUUCCGGUUGGUGGUAAUCAUCGGCGAAAGCAAUUUUGGUCUUUUUUAAUCUCAAAGCUAAAAAAGAGGUUAGGUGGAUGGCAACGGAAACAUCUUUCACUUGGAGGCAAAGUGGCUUUACUUAAUGCGGUUCUUAAUAGUAUUCAUAUUUUUGUGCUUUCUUUUUAUAAAGCCCCGAAGUGUGUUCUUGGUGAGAUAAUCAAAAUUCAACGCGACUUCUUAUGGGGAAGUAAGGAAGGAAUUCGGAAGAUGUGUUGGGUUAUUUGGGAGAAGAUUUGUUGGCCGCAAAAGGAGGGUGGGUUAGGGGUGAGAAACAAUGAGACGUUUAAUCUAGCUCUGGUAAGUAAAUGGGGGUGGCGAUUCAUUUCGGAUAGUGAUGCGGUUUGGUUCAAUUUGUUGGAGUAUAGGUAUGGUGGGGGUUUGGAAGCUCUUUGUGGAGAAAGUUCCAAUAGGUUUUUGUCGAAAACAUCGCUUUGGUGGAGGGAUGUCCGGUUUGUGUGUGGAUUCAAAGUUAACAACUCUCCUUGGUUUUCGGAUUGCAUCUCUUGGAAACUAGGGGAUGGUCAUUAUAUUAAUUUUUGGGAGCAUGCUUGGUUGGGUCCUACACCUUUCAAUGUGCUUUUUCCUCUCCUUUACGGUGCGUGUUUUCUUACUAAUUUUUUAUCUUCAUCCUCUUCUUCUUCUUCUCCUUCUGCUUUAUCUUGUGUGGCCGAUAUGGGUGUUUGGGUGAACAACGUGUGGAGGUGGAAUGUGGAGGUGGCGGAGGAUUUCUUAGAGGCGGAUGUAGCUUGUGACCGGGCUUUUUUGUUAUCUAUGUUGGAGGGUGUUACGCCAAGUCCGGGGGUGGUUGAUAAAUUGGUUUGGUGGAGGCAUGUAGAUGGUUUUUCGGUUAAAAAUAGUUUCUGGUGGCUUUACACGUUGAAAGGUUACGAAGUGGUUUUGGAUGAUGCGAGUUGUUUAGAAUUAAAUUGUUUAUGGAAGGCAAGGGUUCCUAGCAAUGUGAAAGUAUUCGGGUGGAGAUUUUUGAUUAACGCUCUUCCGACCCGUAAGGCUCUUUGUUUGCGCGGAUUGGAUAGGAGUGUCAUCAACAUUUUUUGCCCUUUGUGUGGUUUAGAUGAGGAAUCUUUGGAUCAUUUAUUUCUUGGUUGUGCUCAAUCACUUUUUGUUUGGAAAGAGGUGUUGGCGUGGUUGGGCUUGACAAUGGAGGAGAUUCAAAGGGCCAUGAUUGGCAUUCACGGAUCCGUUUUAGGGGUCGAGGUGGUGGACCAUUUUCGUCGCUUUUUGGGUGGAGCAAUUAAAUCUUCUUUUAUUGCUUUUUUAUGGCUUUUAGUUUGUUGGUGUAUUUGGUUGGGUAGAAAUAAGGUGGUGUUCAAAAAUAGUGUUUGGAAUCGCACCGAGAUUGUGUUGGUUAUUAAGAAUGUUGGAUGGGAGUGGUUUUCUUGUCUUGUUAGAGAUAAGGAUAUUUGUUCGAUAGAGGAUUGGCUUGUCAAUCCUUGCGUGUUUAUUGGUGUGUAG